CUCAAAUCAGUGACGUGGAUUUUCAUUCAGACUCCAACUCGCCCCAAAAACAGCACACGUCGUCCCAGCGCCUCUUUUUGCUUCACUUUUCUGACAUUUUCAACAAGUUCCUGUUGUCUUUGUCGCUUGCCUCGCUUCGAGACAGUUUUUGAAACGACGUAAGAAAAAUAAAACAGGUGAGUACACAAUGAGCAAAAGCAACAAAGUGCUUAAUUUAAAAGAUAAAAUAAGCGAUAAUGAGAUGGAUUUGAGUCUGUGCAACCUCACCGAGGUGCCCUUUAAGGAGCUGGCUUUAUUCACCAAAGCGACUAUUUUGGACUUGUCGUGCAACAACCUCCCCUCUCUGCCGCCAGAGUUCUGCAACCUAACCCAUUUGGUGAAGCUGGACCUGAGCAAAAACCAACUGACCCGUUUGCCGGAUGACCUGGGGAACCUUACCGGCCUGCAGCACUUGGACUUGUACAACAACAAGCUGAAAACACUACCCGUCAGCUUCUCUCAGCUGCGGAGUCUGAAGUGGUUGGACUUGAAGGACAAUCCUCUGGAUGCGGGCCUGGCCAAAGCCGCGGGAGAUUGCCUCGAUGAGAAGCAGUGCAAGCAGUGUGCCACCAGGGUUCUCAAGCACAUGCAGAUCCUGCAGGAUGAGGCUGACCGUGCACGAGAGAAGCGACUUCUGAGGGAAAAAGAGUUGGAGAGGAAGCGAGAGGCCAAAAAGCGGGAACGCGAGGCCCGUGAGAAGGAGGCGCGUAAGCGAGAGAAGGCUGAGGAGAAGGAGAAGCGCCGGAAGGAGUACAACGCCCAGGUGGCCGCCGCCGCUGCCGUCAUCCAGGAGCAGAAGCAACAGCAGCAGCAGAAGAAGACCGAGGAGCGGAAGAGCAAAAAGAAGAACGGACAGGCCUCGGCUGGGAAGAAGUCCGGAGCGGUGGCGGCGUCCAAGCCUUGCCGCUCGUUGCUCGGCAUGCUCUUCAAGCUCUCCCUGCUGCUGCUCCUCAGCGCAGCCAUUAUGAUUGCCACCUGCCGAUUGACGGAGCUGAAGCGGGAGGACGUGUGCUUGUCAGUGGAUGCCGCCUUGGACCAAAGCCUGACCUGGGCCCGUAAUCAAGAGGGCGUGUUCCGCCAUCUCCUCAGCGACCUGUCCGGCGCCGUCAAGGACUUCCUGGAAUCCAUGCAAACGUCUAAAAGCUAAAACUAACAAAAAUCUUCUCAUUAAGGUGGCCGUCGCUUCUCGUUCACGCAGAAAAACAAAAAAAAGGGGGGGGGGGGGACACGUGUGAAAAUUCCUAUGGAAUUGUCGCUCUUUGUACAACCGGCUGUUUUUAAAAAGCGUCCUUUGUCUUCUCACGCCACUUUGCGGCGUUCCUCUUGUAAUGUGAUCACGCCUUGAAAUAAACGUGCUGAGGCUACGCCUCAAGCUCA